UUUGCUGUUAAUUCUGGAAAAUCAAACAUUAAAUGUUAAAAUAGCUUGCAAUAAACCAGGUGAUACUGGUCUCCAUCAUGACGUCAUGGUGAAGCAGCUGGUCUCCAUCAUGACGUCAUGGUGACGCGGCCUGCGGCUGGAGGGGCGUGGUCGACGGCGGGGCCGCGCGCCGGUGUUGAUUCUCCCGCAUCUCCACGCGCCGUCCCGGGCAGGAGGUGCGGGUUCGAGUCCCGGAGAACCCGCAGAGACCCGUCAGGACCAGCAGAGACCCGGUAUCAAGACCCGCAUCCAGAAACCCUGAGACCCGCAUCAGGACCCGCAUCAGGACCCGCAUCCCUGCAGGAUCCAGACUUCAUCCAGACACCUGCCGGAGCUCCGUCUUCCUGGGGAUUUAAUCCAGAAAAGGAGGAGAAUAAAGGAGAAUAAAGGAGGAUAUAGGAGGAGAUUCGGAGCAGGAUGGCAGCGAUCGUGUCGGAGCCGCUCUGCCGCCCCCUGGUUUACAGAGACGGACUGAGAGUAGAACUGCAGGUCCGGCGGCCGCUGGUUCCGGUCCGGUUCAGUCCAGAACAGGUGGGUCUGGAGAUGCUGGUUCUGUGUGGACAGUUGGACCUUCUGAUCCGGGCCCAGAGUCAGCAGUUCCAGGAGCAGUUAGGACGGGGGUGUAGUCCAGAGGAGUCGGACGGCUUCCAGACUCAAGGAUCAGAGAUUCUGGACCAGAUGCUGCAGUGUCUGGAACAUCUGCCCAAGCCCAUGCCACAGCUGGAGGACUACCUGGACACCGUGGGCCUGUCGGCCAUGUUCCCCCGUGUGGAGGUGUUUCUGAUCCAGGGCAGCCCGGUGGACAUGCUGGAGACGCCCCCCAUGGACGAAUACCUGGUCCACGUGUCCAGACUGAACCAGCUGCUGGCGCUGAGUCAGCAGCUGGACGAGGACGUCCAACAUCUGGGGAGUCACAAGUACAUCCCUCACCAGCUGUCAGUGAUCUACGUCCUCAGCUCCUUCAGGGGCGUCCAGGUCUUGUCAGACGUCCGGAGGGACAUCGAGCUGAACUUCAGGCAGGUGAAGCAGCACCUGGUGGUGGAGGACGGACGGAGACACGAGCCCCAGCUGGCGGCCCAGUAUCUCAGCUGGAUGCUGCAGGUCACCGGGGGUUUGACGUCGCUGGUUCUGUCGAUGCCGGAGGAGUUGACGGACGACCUGCACCCGGCGCUCGCCUUCAUGUCCCAGUUCCUGUCCUGACGUCCCACUUCCUGUCCUGAUGGACGUCCCACUUCCUGUCCUGAUGGACGUCCCACUUCCUGUCUUGAUGGACGUCCCACUUCCUGUUGCCCCGAUACCAUUUUUUUCACACCGAGUACGAGUAUUUUAAUGUGUGGCUCAACAUCUCCCCCUAGCGGCGCUAACCAGUAACUACAACAACAAUGAAGUAUCGGUGCCUGGUAUCGGAGAAUUUUUGCAAGUACGAGUUUAUCAGAAUCAGAAUCAGAAUCAAGUUUAUUAGUUCAGCUUAGAAAAACUGUUUUUGACUUCAGAUACACCGGCGGCGACACGAUGGUAUUGUGCGCCUGUUUUCCAAAAGGUAACACUGGGAUAGGAGGGGGGGAGAAACAAAAAUACAUCUUCACACUUAGUAUAUACACAGUAUUAAGGUGCAAAAAAAAACACCUCAGCAGCACACAGCUCAACAGACAUCAAAACAACAUACACAAACAAAACAACAUCAUAGC